AUGGCAAUCGCAAGGGUGGCUAUCAGAGUAUGGUCCUGGGAGCUCCCGCUCCGGAUCGUUUGUCUGCAGAGUAUCAUUGAAGGCUGGGUAUCAGAAGCAGCAAAGUUGACGCCUGGUCUGAAGGUUUUGAAAUAUCACGGCUCAGAGGACGAGCGAUUAUAUCUGGUAUUGUGUGGUUGGGGCGAGUCUUCGUUUGGAUUAAGAAUGAUGGGUCGAAGCAGGCACAGAUCCUGGACUGGGUUCUGGCAGAGUAUAGAUGUUCUCGAUAAGUCCACCUUUGGUCCGUUUGACGAGGCUUUCUCUUUGAGUGAUGGAACGUUCGACGGUGGAUUCCUCAGCCACUGCAAGAAUCUCUUGGGGCUUGUUAUGCUGUGGAGGGAAAAGGAGUUGCCAGGUAUCGACUUUGAUAUUCCUCCAAAGAGAUUUAUCAGCAUUCCCGUGCCCCUGUAUUAUCUGCAGAAUACUUGGUAUAUGAAGGUCCUGGCUGGUGGUAGGAUUGAUGUGCUUGACGAUCAGUCCAGCUUUGGAUCGAGUCCCGGUGAAGGCUUCGAGCAUUUUGGACAGAAAGCAAAAUUUCAGAAAAAGAAUAUUGGUAUGAAUAUCUCGAUGGAACUACGCAAGAUGACGCCCAUGGCGACUCCCCCGGAACCCACACAAUCCUCGAUUCUGGAAAAUUCGUAA